AUGCCUCGCAACGCAAUAAAACAAGAAGCUGAGUUUCCUCAUUAUUUAGGAAGGGGUGUGCAGUUGGAUAUAGGAAGCAACAUAUCAAAUGUUUACAAAUUGAAAAGCUUAGAAUCCCUUCUCAAGGACAAUAACACCACCAAUAGCAACAGUAGUAAUGUAAAAGAGAGCUGGAAAAUUAGUAAUGGCUCAUUUAUAUCGCCGAGCAGCAAAAAACCAAGAAUUAAAACAUUGGUCCCUGAAAUUUAUUUAAAUCUUUCUAAGGAUGAUCGUAUAAGUACUGAUGAACAAAGUGAAGAUAUUGUUGAUUAUGAAAGUGACCAAAAACUUGACUCGACAUUUUCAUUUAUGUACACCUGGGAUGGCGAUUCAACAAGGGGUAAAGUUCAUUCAAAGGUCCCAAAUGUUAAGAGGAAGAUGAUGACGUUUGAUGGUUCCCCAGAGAAAACGACAGCGUAUGCUGAAUAUAAUCCAUUACUUCAUGAUCCACAUCUGAGGUCAGAAAUAUUAGAAGCGGAAAAAUCUGUGCCAGAGUUCAACUUGGAACUUGAUAGCAAUUAUUUCACAAGGGGAUAUAUACAGACAACGAGUGAUUUGCGUUUGUCUAGAAAUCCAAGAGAGCUAGUAUGUUAUAGAUCGACGCAGAAUACCUCAGGCUUGGUAAUAAAAGAGUUGGCAUCUGGUUUGGAAAAUAGGGUGUUUUUCAGUUCUGAUAUAAAGAAAAUUGCAAUAGCACCCAUAUGCAAGAUAACCAUGAGCUACUCCGAUAUAAUAACAGUUGUUUUGGAGACAGGUAUCGUUUUGUUUUUAAGAAUAGUUAAAAUAGCCAAGGGCUUUUUAGAUGUGAUCCAAUCCGUGCCUUUGCUACCGGUGGCUUUUCAAGACAAUCCAUUCGUGGAUGUUUCAUUUAAUCCGUGGGAUAAGACACAAUUUGCGCUUGUAGAUUCUAUAGGCAAUUGGGUAUGUGGGAAAAUAAAGACAACGCCAAGCAACGAAUUGCUAGUGCAUCUAUCAAACAACAACCUCGGUACUAUCUUUGAUCCUGAAGAACUUGAUUAUACAUGGAGAAGAAUAUUAUGGGGUGGUAACUUUAAUUCUUUAUUAGUUAUGGAUAGAUCAAAGAUUGUUUCUGUUCAGAUGGACGAAGGUAGUGAAAAGCAUAUUUCCCAGAACAAAACUUGGUCAAGAAUAUUGGAUAUUUUUAGAAUCAGUGAUGAAUGGACGGUAUGUUUAACAACGAGGGAGGUGAUCAUAUUAAAAACAGGUAAUUCUUCACAUGCCAUUAGUAGAGAAAUUUCUUGGAAACACUAUUUCACUAAUACAGACGAUGGAAGAGUCUCUGCUAUUUUACUAGAAACCGGUGCUUUGGCCGUUGUGAUUUAUUCAAAAAAUACACACUUAGUUAAUAUUUUAACCUUCGAGUUUGAUAGAGACACAUCGGAAAUAAUUUUGAAGAAUAAACCUUCGGUUUUAAUUGUUAAGGGGGGAAUAGAAUACCUUGAAUUAACUGCAGUAAAGACCGAUGAAUCAGAUAACAAAAUAAGUGUUUUGUUUAGACUAGAUGAAUGUAUUUUAGAUUUGAAAUUUGAUUUGGAUGAUAAUGAAAGUGGUGUUUCGUUUGUGAGUGGCAUAUGUAUUAAGGAUAUAACCGGUUUUAAGCUUACAAGCCAUGAAAAGAAACUUUUUUGUGAUAAAAAGCUUGUUGAAUUAUUCCAUACAAUAAAAGAGGAUGUUUUAAGGGAAAAUAGAAUUGUUUGUAAUGAUGUAGAUACUUUAGAGUCCUAUGGCUUUAGACUUUCCAAAGAAUUGGACACUUUGAUUGAUAGUAUAAAAUCAAUUGGUGAAUUGGCAAAUAUUUCAUCUGCUAUAGAGGAUCCGGCUGAAUUUGAAUCCUUUUUAGGGCAACUAAUCGAACAUUAUUCUACAGCAUAUUUAUUCACAAGCCCACUUCUUUCGUUUAAUAUAUUUUGCAAGGAAGACAUAUCAAGCUUUUCCAGUUUCUUUUACAAAUUGGCGCAAUGCAUGGAAACUAUUUUACCCAACGAAUCUGCCUGUGAUAUUAAUCAUAUGCUCAGAGACAUGGUUUUGGAAUCGUGUGCUAUUUACAAAGAAAAUUUCUUAAAGAAAAUGAUACAAAACGAUGUUGUUAAACUUAGCGACACAUAUGCUGGAGUGUUAAAUUUGUGGGAUACUGAUCGUUAUGAUGAUAAUAAUAAUAAUAAUAAUACUAAUAAUACACAGAAUUCUGAGACUGACGAUGUUAGUGAUAUUAAACAAAAUAUUGCAUCUAGUUUGACAACGCCAUUUAUUACAAUAUCAUCCCAGCCACCUUUGGUCAAAUCUUCCCAGAUAAAAUCAAGCUCAAAAAAAAGAAAAGCCACGCAAAACUCCCAAUCUACUUUGCCCAACAUAAUGGCACCUGCAUUUUCACUUUCAUCAUCACAGCAAUCAACGACAACUGCUGCUAAGAAGAAAAAGAAGAAACUGAAAAAAGGGUUUUUUUAA